AUGCACCGGUCCGCCCUCAGACUUGUCGUGCUUCUGACGUUGGUAGCAUCAGCCACUGGCGAAACUUGCUACUUCCCAGAUGGGUCGGUUGACCAGGGCGGCAUUGAAUGCCCCAGAAUCGGAGACAAUGCCGUGGUCGCGUGCUGUCGCAAGUCCAACCACUACUGCCUCGAUAACGGACUCUGUCUGGAGCCGAAUGCGUGGACGAUGUACCGGAACUCCUGCACAGACAAGAACUUUCGAGCGGCCGGAUGUCCCAAGAUUUGCCGCGAUGCUGGUGAGCUCACUCUUUUCGCAGCCACGACUUCAGGACUAACAUAUGCAGCACUGAGCGGACAUACCGGUGUCAACUACUGCUUCCAGGAUGCCAUCUGGACAUGUCGCGGGCGGAACGAUUGCGACAAGGGUAACUUUACGAUGCCGAGUCCUAGAGGGAGAAUGUUGAUCAACACGGCGUUGGAAUCCGAUCUCGGAAUCGCGGCGGCGACGAGCGCCGGGCCCAGCGGCACAUCCAUCGCGGUGUGCUCGAAGACUUCGGAGGCCAGCAACGGAAUCUCAACUGGAGCGGCAGCAGGCAUCGCGGUUGGCGUUGGACUUCCGCUGGCUAUUGCGGUUGUGGCGCUGACGGUCUUGCUUCUGCGAGAGAAGAAGAAGUCGAGAGCUGCGGGAGUAGAUGGGAUGACGACUGCCGGAGGUUCUGAAUCGUCGCCCGCGCCGGUACGGGCCAAGCACGAAUAUCCUGGAGGCUUUGCGCAAGCAAACCAGCCUGGAUAUGGACAGCAGCCGACAACGGAACUUCCUCCGGACCCGACGGUUCGGCAUGAGCUUCCCCAGUAG